AUGGCUCUUCAGACACGUAGAGACAGUUACAAUACCAGUGAGCAGACGCUCUCCUCGUUAGUCACGCUAUGCGCGGACUGCCCAAAGUUUUGCCACGAACGGACUGAAAGGGUGGUAGAAAAUCGGAGCCGGGCCCCGAGAGGCUGGGAGCCACAGUUUACGGCAGUUGCUGAGGAGCGUCGAAAAGAAGACUGUGGACUCUGCGAAAGUUACUGCCGUCGAGUUGCGUCUGUUUGCCCCACACCGACGGCUAUCGAACGUUUUGAGGCGCUGGGGUACAAGGAGGCGGCACGGCGGUCUGCCGCGGAGGAUGGGUUGCCCACGGUUCAGCAGAUGUCUAGGUGCGAGAACGCGGUCGCGGAGUUCUCGCGGGUUCUCUUUUUGCUGGCACACAAGCCCAGCAAGGUGGCGUUUGAGGACGUGGACCCCAAAACCGGGGCGAACAUGUCGGAGGAGGGGGCGGGGGCGGGGGAGCCGACGGAGGUGCACAAGAAGGUCCUCCGCGGUGGCUCAAUCGAUGACGCGAUCCUAAAGCGGUGGAGCACGGCGCGGAGGGGGCGGGCGGAGAUGGAGGAGCUGGGGGUGGUCCGCAGCGCGGAGGAGACCGCAAUGCUCAAGCAGGAACGGGACCGUCAGUCGGCCCUCGAGUCUCCUAACACAAGAGGCACAACACCACGAUGGUGA